AAUCUCUGCUUCUGAGGGAGAAACAUUCAAAGGGUUUUUUCUACAAGCUCGGUUAAAAAGUAACCCGUCAACCAUUGUUAACGGAGAGUUUUCUGCUGGGAACGAGAGUCUCCUCGUCAAAUGCAAGUUGGCAAAGAAUACCUUAACUCAUAAUAAUAGCAAAAUGAAGAAAAUACUUACAACAACAUGGACGCCUCCUGCUAACUUCAAAGAAGAAGUCAUUUUUAGAAGUACAGUACUGAAAGAUUAUAAAACCUUCUGGUUGAAUAUUGACACCUUGUCUCCACCAAUAGCGGUGACCAAUACUAUAGCUACUGAGAUAAUGGCUGGACCUUCCCCUGACUUGUACGAUGACUGUGUUGCAAAGAGAAAAAGUUGUUUUGGAAUGCCUUCGCUUUGUUUUAAAGACAAGAGCUGUAGUGUAAUCUUAACUUACAUUUACAAAGACGGAGAGGUAGAGUUUGAGAUGGCUGGUUCUCUGGGAACUUCUGAUAAGUAUAUUGCUACCGGUAUUUCACAAGAUGACAAAAUGGGUGAAGAUGUUGUAACUGAAUGUGUAUUAUUAGGAGAGAGGGUAAUUGUUCGACAGAGUUGGAACAUCCCUAAUGGGUACAACAAUGAAGUUUUGGAUGAGGACCUGGAAGGUAUUCAUGGCCAGACAGGAGACUACGUGGAUGGCGUGAUAACUUGUCACUGGAAGCGGAAAGGUGUUACUAUUGUGCGAAACAGUGUUCACGACAUAGUAAAAAAUAAGUACCACCUUCUUCUUGCCAAGGGACCAGCAAGUACGGAUGGAGUGAAGAGUAGGCACAGUGAAAGAUCUGUCUCGGAUAACCCAGUAAACCUGACACAGAUAACAGUGGUAGCGGGUGGCCAGGUGCCUCUCCUCAUUAAGCUACAUGGAACCUUUAUGGUGGUCGCCUGGAUUGGAUUUGUUGGUCUUUCUAUACUCAUGGCUAGAUAUUACAAGCAAGUCUGGCAAGCCAACACACUGUGCAUGGUAAAAAUUUGGUUUGCUAUCCACCGGUUUCUAAUGUUGCUGAGCUUGUCUUUGAUGAUUGUUGGAUUUGUUCUUAUUUUUGUUCAUGUGGAAGGUUGGAGUCAGGUUGCUACUAAUCCCCAUCCUAUCCUAGGUUGUGUAACCACAGGGUUAGCACUGAUUCAGCCAAUAAUGGCUUUGUUCCGUCCAAAGCCUGAUGCCAGAAAAAGGCCCAUUUUCAACUGGCUUCACUGGUUUGUUGGAAAUUCUGCUAAAACUUUAGCAGGUUAG